CCAGCCCCCCGGAUCCUGCCACGACCCGCUCGCCGUCCAAUCCCCUUCGAAGACCCCGUUUCCCACCCCCACCAGCCCGGCUGCAGCCCCUCGUCCUCCGCCGCCUCGUCUCCCUCCGUUCCCCCGCGAAAUCCGGCGCGGAAUUGGGUCGGGGGUCGCGCAGGAGGCUCCUUUCCAAGCCGGUUGGGGAACAAAGGAGGCGAGAUCGGGCUGGUGGGCGUCCCUGGUCGGGAUGAAGGGUUCCCGGGACGGAGCUUGGCUGGAGAUCCCAGCGGGGGACCCGGGUCGGACCGAGGGAUGGCGCUGCCUGGCAUGAAGCCUCUUCGCAGCCGAUCCGGAACCAGGGGCUACCUCCAGAAUCCGGGGAUCCCGUCUUGAGCGGCUUCCCUUUGUUGGGUAUCCGGAGUUGUGUUCCUAAGAUGGGCUAGUGAAGAACAAUUGAGAAAGGUCCACAUCAUGACUCUGCAGCCGCAAGCUUUCAACCAACAGAAAAUGCUUCUUGAAGCAGUGGCGGAUUCCUGAACUUCAGUACAUGGAUGCCACUUAAUUUUGCUUCACCAAGUGCAGCGCUGGAAUGGGAAAUCACAGCAACAACCAUACCUGCGUGAUCGACGAUUCCUUCAAGUACAACCUCUAUGGAGCCGUCUACAGCGUGGUCUUCAUCCUUGGCUUAAUCACCAACUGUGCCUCUCUGUUUGUCUUCUGGUUCCGCAUCAAGAUGCGGAGCGAGACAACCAUUUUCAUGACCAACCUGGCAGUCUCAGACUUGCUCUUCGUCUUCACUCUCCCAUUCAAGAUCUUUUACAAUUUCAACAGGAACUGGCCCUUUGGAGACCCUCUGUGCAAGAUCUCCGGGACAGCCUUCCUGACCAACAUCUACGGAAGUAUGCUAUUCCUCACCUGCAUCAGUGUGGACCGCUUCCUGGCUAUCGUCUACCCCUUCCGGUCUCGUUUGGUCAGGACGAGACGUAAUUCAGCAAUUGUGUGUGCAGGAGUAUGGGUUUUGGUACUCAGUGGAGGGAUCCUGGCAUCCUUGUUUUCCACAACGAAUACCACCAAUGGCAUAACAACAUGUUUCGAAGGGUUUCCCAAGGACGUAUGGAAGACCUACUUGUCCAAGAUUACAAUAUUUAUUGAAGUGGUUGGCUUCAUCAUUCCCCUUCUGCUCAACCUGACUUGUUCAUCUCUGCUUCUGAGGACCCUCAGGAAGCCAGCCACCCUCUCCCAGAUUGGCACGAACAAAGAGAAGGUGCUGAAGAUGAUAGUUGUGCAUGUCACUAUCUUCGUGGUGUGCUUUGUCCCCUACAACUCCAUCCUUUUCCUUUAUGCUCUUGUACGUUCUCAAGCUGUAGCCAACUGCUCUCUGGAGACCUUCGCCAAAACCUUCUACCCAAUCACCCUGUGUAUUGCCACUCUCAACUGUUGCUUUGAUCCUUUCGUCUACUACUUCACUUCAGAAUCCUUCCAGAAAUCGUUCUACGUCAUUCCUCAUCUCAAAACAGAUUCCCUUUUCAAAACUGAAACUCCUCUAACGAAAGUUCCCCUGCCACCGAUAAUGGAGGAGAUGAGUGACCAGAUGAUUACGAAUGGAGGAGACCUGACCUGUGAAUCCAAUUUUUAACCCUGAAGCUUUCUGCACUAACAGUAGGAUAGGCAUUGAACUGCAGAGAACUUGGUAUUAACCCAGUAGGUGGGAAUUAUGUAGAACAGUGGUUCCGAAACUUGGCAACUUUAAGACUUGUGGACUUCAACUCCCAGAA